AUGAACAACACAUUCGACUACAACGAAAUAGAGGUGGACGAUUUUGACGACUUCUACCAUUUCUGUACCCUAAAGAAGGAGAAAAAAAAGAGAAAUGGGAAAAAUAUUGCGGAGCAGUUUUUUGACACGAAUGUGAAAAAUGGAGAAAACAGGGCAAACGAGGCGGACGGCGGAGAAGACGGAACGGAUAAUUCCUCCGUAGAUACCACGGCCAUGUACAGAGAAGGAAGUAAGAAAAGUAGGUCGACCGGAAAGAGUAGCAAACUAGUACGACAGGCUCGCAACACGUCGCAUGAGAAGAGGCUGGAUGAUCUGCACAGAGAGGAAGAGGACAGCCUGAUGGAGAGGAGACAUCUCGGAUUGGAAAACAGAUACGGAUAUGUCGAUGAUGGUUAUCACGAUGCCGGUGGUGAGAUCGAACUUGAUGAUGAAAGUUUGGAAGACGAGCGCAUUGCUAAUUAUGAUAAGCGUGACGGGUGGAAUAACAUAGGAUCCAAAAAAAAAACAAAACAGAACCAACAGAGGGAUGGAAAGGGAAUGGGCUUCAAUAACCCACACAGUAGCAAUAAUGACAAUGUUCACUACCUCCACGAGGGAAGCGGCCGUGGGGAUUGCACUUCCAACAGGUAUGUUAGCAUAUCCAAGGAGGAUUACGAAGAGGAUAGGGAAAAAAUGUACGAAGAUUACAAUGGCAGGAGGAAGUACUCAAGGGAGAGCAGCCAAUACUCGAAUAGCAACGGCGACAGUUACAGCUAUAGUGUCGACAUGACAUCCGUCAGUAAGGGGAAUAAGGAGAAGCCAAAAUAUUUUAGAUGUCGUUACUGUGAAAUGGAUUCUGUGGAUAGUGUGGUUCAGUGCAACACAUGCAGUCGAUGGUUCUGCAAUGGAUCCUAUGGCACGUGUGGUAGCCACAUUGUCACGCACCUGGUGAGGUCCAAACAUAAGGAAAUUAAGUUGCACAAGAAUAGCCUCCUUGGGGAAACCAUCUUGGAGUGCUACAACUGUGGGUGCAAAAAUGUGUUUCUGUUAGGGUUCUUACCGACGCCCGAGGAGGGAGUCGUCGUCAUUAUAUGCAGGGACCCUUGCCUAGCCAGAUGCAUUUCGCUGAGCGGGAAGGGCCAGGGGAGGGGCGAAAUAAUGGAACAAGAGGGGGAGAAGCCAACCGGGGAGAAGUCAACCGGGGAGAAGUCAACCGCGGAGAAGCCAACAGAUGAGAAGGGAAACCCCGCUGAAUUGAAGGACCCCCCGGAGAGAGAGCCUAAGAAGGAAAAGAGAAAAUCCCUCCCGUACGAAUAUUUCGACGCGGAAGAGAAGGCAAUUGGCACGGAUGAAGAUGACAUUGUCAGCACGAAGGAAGACAUAGACAUGUUGAAGAGUAAGGGCUAUCUAAGCAGCGACGAUUUUGUCUACCUAAGUGAGCAGGAAAAGGUGAGCGACGGGGAAGGAAGUUCUCAUGCGGUAUUUGCAGCGAAGAAGAACCAUAGCGGAAAGGAAAAAACGGAGCAGCAUGUGAACCAGAAGGAGGACUCCGAGGCUGGGAGCAACUAUUGCACCAAUGUAGGAAAUAAUGUGAAGGAGCUAAUAAAGAUCAAGGACUGGGAUUUGAGCAAGUGGCAACCAGUGAUUGAGGAUAGGUGCCUACUAGAAUGGCUAGUAAAUAUCCCCACGGCGGAAGAAGCAGAAAGGAAGGGAAAGAGAACCACAUCGUACAAUGUGAAUAAGUUAGAAGAAUUAUGGAAAAAUAAGAAAGAUGUAUAUAUAGAUGAGCUAGAUGCAGAAAUACUAAAUGAUGAACCUGUGAAGGUGGAGCUACGGUAUAAAGACGGCUACCAUUAUCAGUCCAUCUUCGCCCCAUUAAUCCAGUUGGAAGCGGAUUAUGACAAAUCGGUAAAAGAGGGUCAGAAACAAGCAAAUGUAACAGUCCGUUGGGAUAUAGGAUUGAAUAAAAAAAGGUAUGCCCAUUUUAUUUACAUGAAGGAAGAAAGUGAACUGAGGUUAGUAGCAGGAGAUGAGUUAAAAUUAUCCUAUACAUAUGCAGACGGAACGGUAUGGAGCUGCGAAGGGCAUAUCUCGAGAAUUCACAACACGGAAGAAAUAGCCUUAGAAUUAAGAACCUCCAGUACGGCUAAUGGGCCAUGGGUAAAUAAUAUAACCACAGGGUACACCGUCGAAUUUGUUUGGAAAAGUACAGCAUACGAUCGAAUGCAGUUAGCGUUAAAUGAAUUCGCCCAAGACACGUAUUCACUGAGUGGGUACCUGUAUCAUAAGCUACUCGGGCAUGAAGUGUCAGAGGAGUCCCUGAAUUAUUACAAAACGGCAUUGAGCAAUCAGGUGCAUGGGAAGAGGACUACGACUCCACGUAUUGUUAAUUAUUCCGCCCCUAACCUAGCUGCACUUAAUCACUCACAAAUUGAUGCUAUAAAGAAAAGCUUAGUGUCCCCUUUGUCCCUAAUACAGGGACCACCAGGGACAGGGAAGACGUUAACCUGUGCUACGCUGGUGUACCAUUUGGCAAAAACGAAGAUGGGGAAGGUCCUAGUGACUGCCCCGAGUAACGUUGCUGUGGAUCAGCUUUCUGUUAGGAUACACAAAACAGGACUAAAGGUGGUACGACUGUGUGCUAAGAGUAGAGAAUUCGUCCCCAGCAUUGCGGAUUAUCUGUACCUCCAUAAUCAGUUGAAAUUACUCAAAUCAGACAUUGGAGAAGAACUGAAUAAGCUACUUGAACUGAAGGAAGAAGUUGGUGAGUUAUCACAGAAGGAUGAAAGGAGAUUAAAAAAAUUAAUCUUUUUCGCAGAGUAUAAAAUAUUGCUAGAGGCAGAUGUGAUAUGUACUACCUGUGUGGGUGCCAUGGACAAACGGUUGAAACGGUUCCGAUUUAGUCAAGUGUUAGUCGAUGAAGCGACUCAGUCAACAGAACCGGAAUGCUUAGUACCACUGGUGACUGGAGCUAAAAAGAUUGUUCUGGUUGGAGAUCACUGCCAAUUAGGUCCAAUAAUAGUGUGUAAGAAGGCAGCGAAUGCAGGGUUGGGAAAGAGCCUAUUUGAACGGUUAGUUAUGUUAGGUAUUACCCCCUUCAGGUUAGAAGUACAGUACCGUAUGCACCCAGCAUUAAGUGAAUUUCCCUCGUAUGUCUUCUAUGAUGGUUGUCUCCAAAAUGGAAUCACCCUGAAGGAGAGAGAAUACCCAUUGAAGGACUUCCCAUGGCCCAAUCCAAAAUGUCCUAUGUUCUUUUACAACUCCACGGGGUUAGAAGAAAUGUCUGCCUCUGGGACGAGCUACUUAAACAGACAAGAAGCGUCCAACAUGGAGAAGUUAGUCAAGACUCUCAUCAAUUGUGGCUUGAAGCCAACUCAGAUAGGGGUGAUAACACCAUACGAGGGGCAAAGAGCUUACAUAACCUCCCUCUUUCAGAAGAGCAUCUCUUAUCAGCACUCCACAGAGAUAGAAGUGGCAUCGGUCGAUGCAUUUCAAGGAAGGGAAAAAGAUUUCAUCCUUCUUUCUUGUGUCCGAUCGAACAAAAAAUUAGGAAUCGGUUUUUUAAAUGACCCAAGGAGGUUAAACGUAGCAUUGACCAGGGCCAAGUAUGGGUUGAUCAUAUGUGGUAAUGCCAAGGUUCUCUCUAGACAUCACGUAAUGAUAAAAAAAUCGCAUAACUCGAAUGAGACCAUCACGAAUGUGAAUUCCGUAUGGAUUAACCUCCUCAGUCAGUUUAAGAAGAAGGGCCUAAUCGUCGAGGGGUGCUUAUCCAAUUUGAAGCCGAUGAGCAUUCAUUUACCAACCCCGACGAAGCAGCCGUCGAGGUAUAUCAACUUUAGUUACUUCCUGUCCAGCGAGAGACCUUUCCGUGGAGGCGUAUUCUCCGACCGAAGCAGGACCAGAAGUGGUGCCAGCGAUAGAAGCCAUAGAAGCUGUGGGAGUGUCAAAAGCGGUAGAAGUGAAAGAAGCGAUGGAAGCCACCCUGGCAGUGACGACAGUAAAGCCCAAAACAGCAGCUCCUUUAUGCAUAUGAACAUGUCGAACCUUAGCUACUGCAGUGAUGAGGUGAUGAACAAAGACUUCCUCAGCUACAUGCAUCAAAGACAGGGUGGGGGAAACAAGCAGGUGGUAAAAUCUUACAUGGACAAUUUGAGUCAGCACUCCCAAUUCAAUGACUAUUCUGUGGUUAAUAAAAACUGCCUAAGUGACAGCUUCCCCCAUUAUGAGCCCACCCCUUCCCUUUCGAUUAGCACGAAGAAGUAUGCCAACCAAAAUUUGAUGCGCUACAAUAGCAGCAGUGUGAGCGAGGAUCGUAGCCACGUGAGCAACAAUUUGGUCGAUUCCAGUUUUGGAGAAAAGUUUGGCGGCGGCUUCGUGAGGAACUCCGAUAUGUUUCCUUAUCUGUCUCACAACGGCAAUGACAAGAGGGACGCCUCCAGUGUCAACAAGAGACAGGGCUUCCAGGGAUCGCAUAAUCCGCGUAAGCCGCACAGUACUGGCGGGCAGCACGGGCAGAUGAAACAGAACCUCACCAACAGAGUAGAAGCGAAGACGUAUCGAAAUAGAAAUGUAUGA